CAAGUUUUGAACUUUGGUUUUGGUUUUCGUACUUGUUGUUUACUCAGCCCACUUAAAGAAUUUAAUUUAAUUAAUGAAAGAUUGUUACCUUUUGGUCAGUUUUCAUGAUUUUGUAAUUAUUAAAGUGUUCUCAGUUUGCCGGAGUCAUUAUGCCUUCUGCAUCCGAUGAGCUGCUGAAAACGAGGCAGUUUCUAAAGACGCGCUUGCAGUACGAUGUGACGAACUUCCGAGGGUACGAGAAAGAGUGGCAACACAUCAGAGAUCUGCUCUUCCGGACAGCAGAAAACGGUGAAUCGAACAGUGCUUUGCUGCUUGGUUCUAGAGGAUGCGGAAAGACAACGCUCAUAACUUCCGUUCUGAGUGACCUGUUACCGGAGGAAUGUUUCCGCAAGAAUACCCUCAUAGUUUAUUUGAAUGGACUUCUGCACACCGACGAUCGUCUAGCACUGAAAUCUGCCACAGCCCAGAUGAAUCUAGAAAAUGCAGUAGACGGUAAAGUUUUUGGCUCUUUUGCCGAAAAUUUGGCUUUUCUGCUGGAAUGUCUAAAAGCCGGCGACAGGAAGAAGUCCAAAAGCGUUGUGUUCCUGUUGGAAGAAUUUGAUCUGUUCUGCUCCCAUCACAAUCAGACGUUGCUCUACAAUCUGUUUGACGUAGCUCAAUCCGCUCAGGCUCCGAUUUGUGUUUUGGGAAUCACUGCCCGACUGGAUGUAGUGGAACUACUGGAAAAGAGAGUGAAGUCUCGUUUUUCCCAUCGACAGAUUUUCCUAUUGCCCGAGGAUAACAAUUUUGAAGGGAGGAUUGAAUUGUUCAAAAGUUUACUGAAAUUGCCUUCAGAAAAAGAGGUUAAAGAACUGAUCAAGAGCAACAAGCCUUUGCCAGUAGAGUUUGUACAGAAUCAAGAAAUGCCUCUCCUCCGGCGGAAAAUGAAUUACGAAAACUGGUCUUUCUCCAGCAAAUGGGUCAUAAACUGGAACAAACAUAUCGACUCGCUAGCUAGUAAUACUAGAGUUUUGAGCGUAAUGCAAAACUUGUAUGACUACGAUAUCGUCGAAGGAACAUUAAAAAACUAUCUAUUUGAAGUAGUUUCGUUACUAGAUCCCUUAGAAAACCCCCAGAUAACCGUAGAAAACAUCCAGCAUCUCGGGCAACAAUUUGAAGGUGACGAUAAAGUUUUGCUUGUUUGUGGUCUCUCGGUGCUGGAACUUUGUCUAGUGAUCGCUAUGAAACAUCACUCGGAAAUCUAUGACAGAGAUCCGUUCAACUUUGAAAUGAUACUCACGCGAUACAACAAGUUUGCGAAUUCGAGCACUACAAUGCAAGGGAUUGAACGGAGUGUAGUCUUGAAGGCUUACGAGCACGUGAAAAAUUUGGAGUUGAUAGCUCCGAUCAGCCAUGCUACUUCCAAGGUGCAGAAAGAAUACCAACUACACCGGUUACUGUUGACAUACGGGCAGAUUUCCCAGGCAGUUUUGAAAUCGCAAAAUCUCCCAACUGAAAUUUGUCAGUGGGCACAAAGUUCAUUAGUAUGAAGAAGUAAUGUAAGUAAAAUAUUUGUUAGUUAAGGUUGUUGUCUUAAAUUAUUUCAUCUAUAAAUGAAGAAUAUGGCACAUCAUUACAUUGUUAUUGUAACGUUAUUUUUAAAAGAGACCUUGCACUACGAUUUAAGAGAAUUUGAGUUCUAGCGGAACAUGAAUCAAAUAAAAAUUGCAACGUUCGAGUCAAUAGCAGAACAAACUUCUUAUAUAAAAAAUAUUUUUACUGAUCAAAAAGAAAUAUUCCAAUAGUUUAUACUCUCUUUCGUGAUGUUCCUUCAUGUGUUUGGAUGAAAUACUUGUAAUGGUUUGGGCUUUAAGAAAAAUAUGGUAUUCAAAAGAAAUCGGCCGAAAGGAACCAAAGUUAUUGAUAAAAAACUGUUUUUUCAUGUUUCUCCUGAACAAAAUGUCUCAAAAUCUCAUACAAACUUCAGGCACAGAUAAAAAUAAAAGUAAAAAAAUAAAUGUA